GUCACAUCUCGUUACGCCAUUUUUGUUGGGGAGCAGUCGUGUUGAGAAAAGCGGGAUUAGGUUCACAACACUACACGCUACAUUCAACUCUCUGAGUUGUCUGGCUUAACGGGGCACGAUGUCGACAGAAAACCUGGACUCGGACACUCAGGUGGACUACGAGGACGAAAAACAGGACUCUCAGGAGAAGAAUGCAAACCCGGUGAAAGCAGAGGAGGCCAAGCUGAAGGCCAAGUACCCCGGCCUGGGCCAGAAGCCCGGAGGCUCCGACCUCCUGAUGAAGAGAUUAACGAGAGGGCAAAAGUACUUCGACUCGGGCGACUACAACAUGGCCAAGGCCAAGAUGAAGAACAAGCAGCUCCCCACGGCGGGACCCGACAAGAACCUGGUGACGGGAGACCACAUCCCCACGCCGCAGGAUCUGCCCCAGAGGAAGUCCUCCUUGGUGACCAGCAAGCUCGUGGGCUAGCCGCCAUCAUCUCAGAAGCCCCCUGGGACUCGUCCCUUUUUGCACCUCACCCGUGUCCCCAGUUCGUCCACUCCUUCCCCGCUCUUCCCUCUUCAUCCCCAGGCGCCACCGGCUUUAACAUAUCGGGCAGAGUUGUAGAAGUUGAAAACUCCAUUUGCUUGUUGGGUUGGGGGGGGGGCGGGGUGGGACGGGACGGGUGGAGGUUCAGGCAUCUGGCUGGCUGCCUUGUUUUCUGCCUUCCUUCCCACCACGCACAGCUCUGCCUCUUCUGCGCACUCCGCUCUGCCGCCUCCCUCAUAUCUUGGGUUUUCAGUGUUCCAAGAUGCAUCGCAGUAGGUGUGUGUCGUCGGGCAGGGGUUGGAUGGGUGAGAUAAUGCACUUUGUAUUCUGUAUAGUAAGUUUUGAUCGUUCUUUUUUUUUUUUUUUUUGCAUCCUGAAUGACACCAAAUGAUGUGUGUGUGUGUGUACGUGUGAGGGAGUUUGGAACCAUAACGUCUGAUUUGAUUUGAUCUUUCUGUCCUUCCCGCUCCAUGUCAGUGGCUUCAGUGAAGUUGGAAGAAGUGUGUGAAUAGUUGCUCGCAUACCAAAUCUGUGAGGGCCGGCUGCUUAGUUUAGCGCGUGUUCGACGCCUAAUUGGGAACGGAGCAGAGCGCAGGGUUGGUGUCACGCUCCGGUCACUUUUCAUUAAAUAUAACCAGAGCUCAUCAGCCUGCAGGGGAUCUGGACCACAUGUCGCCCCCCAUCAGCUUCCAGAUGCCCUUUGUUCCUGGUCUCUCUCUCUCUCUCAAUAUGCUGCAUGAUUCUAACACUACAACGUGACACGGCAAAGAAAUCACACUUUUUUAUUUUUAAAUUGGGAGUGAAAUGUCUGCUUAUUGAGAAGAAGUGCUGACACGCCUCCAGUCCUUCCUGUUACUUGUUGCUGUCCUGACAAUCCACACACACACUCAGCAGAGUCUCUCGUGUUAUGUUUAAUCGCUCGGAGCCAGAGGAAGCGUGUGAGCUCAGUCUGAGUUGGGUUGUGUUUACCAGGCGGGGGAUAGAAGUUGAAAAUACCCUCCUGUAAAUGAUAUUCAAACAAGCGCGUCAUUCAUCAGCCCGGACCAGCCGGCAGGGCCCGGGGGCGUCAGCUGGCUUUGGGGUCACAUCCUGGGCUUUCUUCGCUUUAGCCAAAUCCCUCAGUCGGUCUGUGGAUCCGCUUGGCGUUUCAGCGAGACUGUUACCGUCUAAUCAUCUGGCCUCCGUCACCAUAUCGUGACGCAGAGCGGAGGAGUGAUGGACCCGUCCAGAUUUCUGACUUUCACCGAUCCAAACAGGGUUUUAAGUUCAACCAGCGAACCGUAAAAGUCCUGCUGAGACAACAGACGCAUCCACAGACGAAGCCUUGGUAGUUGUAGCUCGUGUUCGCGAUCGACCGAAAGAAUGACCUCCUUCUGAGAUUGUUUCCACCGUGCUUUUUACACAUCGCAGUCACAAACUUUACUUUACUGACAGCUCACAUCAGAGAACGCUAACUCUACUGAAAUCUCACGUCUGCUGCCAGCAUAGACGAGUUGUGUUAUUUUUUUAGUGAACUGACACUGAUCUUUGAUCUCAGGAAUGUCAGAGGGUAAACAGCAGGUAACCCGACCAGCGCAGCAUCACCGCGGGCUUCGAGCGGGACGCCGUGUCUCCGCCGGAGAGAUCCAGUGACCCAAGCAGAUGACCACAUCUCCAGACUCUGAACUGAGAACCAGCUUCAGGGAAGCGUUGCUAACACACACUCCGCCGACAGGGCGCAUGCACCAUCACACCCUUAAACCCCACCGGCCUUUUUCCAUUCUCUCUCUCUCUCUCUGUCUCUCUCUGUCUCUCUGUCUCUCUCUCUCUCUCUCUCUCUCUCUCUCUCAAGAUGUGAAAAUGUGUCAAAUUUACAGUGAGUGAAAGAGACCUCGAUGUGGACGUAUGUGCCUGUGAUGGUGUCGUACGAAUGCACCGCUUUUCGUCCGUUCCAGCUGUUGUAAAUAGACCUCGACAGGAAAUGACCCCCACACGCCCUUCCUGAUUUCAUGGUUCCUCUCCCCUUUCAGUUUCAACACUACUUCUGCUGCAUCUUCUCGCAGAGGCUAUGUGAAUCUGUAUCAUAUGAAAAUAUGUGUAAAUGCUGCUGAUUCAAAGACAAAUC